AUGGUCCCGCCAUCCGCGCCAGUGCCUCCGAACAAGAAGGAUGUGACCGGUUUAGAGUUCUUGGAAGGCAUUUCUGGUCUGUACAUGAAUCAAAAAAUCGAGUUACUCGAAGCCGUGACUGGUAUUAACACGAAAAAUCAGUAUCGCGUGAUCCCAAUCGGUCAAGAGAUGCCAGAUCCAAUCCCGGACGCGUGGAUGAAGGAAUUCACCAAAGGAAACUUAGAACCUUUAUUUAAGGCGAAGGAAGAAUCGAACUGUUUGACGAGAAUUAUCUGCCCUGGCUACAGAUCCUUCACCAUGCCAUUCGUCGAUGGGGAAGGAAGAAGGUUCUUUUCCAUCAUUCGACCGUUUAGGUGUACCAUGGGCAUUCCAUAUAUGUGCAUCUGUCAACCGCAAGAGGCGGAGUUGUUAGACGCGAACGGAAACACGUACGCCAAGGCGAUUGAAAGAACGCCGACGUGUUGCGGGCGUAACUUUGACGCGACCGACGAUAAAGGUCGAUUGAUUUAUCACGUGUCGUAUAACGCGUUGAAGGCUGAUAACGGGAAGUGCAACGCUUGCGCGCCGAGUUGCUUUAACGCGAACUUAAACAUUGACAUUCGAGAUCCGUCAACGAAAGAACAUCUCGGCGUGAUGGUUUCCAAGUGGCCGGGUUGCUCUUGCGCUGGGCUAACGGAUCGCUCGCACUUUGUGUUGAGGUUUGCACCCGGUUCGCACCCAAGACAAAGAGCCGGUUUAGUCGCGGCGAUGGUUUUGAUUGAGUUCGCUGUGUUUGAGUUGAUCAGAUCACAAGAGCAAUAA